GUGCUCGGCCCGGAGCCCAGAGCCCCGUGGGGUGCUGAGCCCCAGGCAGCCCCCUGGCACCCCUCCAGACCCCCUGGUGACAGCCAUGGAGUCAGUGGCUCUCUACAGCUUCCAGACGACGGAGAAGGACGAGCUGCCCUUCCAGAAAGGGGACACCCUGAAGAUCCUCAACAUGGAAGAUGACCAGAACUGGUACAAGGCUGAGCUGUUUGGCUGCGAGGGCUUUGUCCCCAAAAACUACAUCAAGGUCAAGCCACACCCGUGGUACGCGGGCAGGAUCUCCCGGCAGCUGGCAGAGAAGCAGCUCCUCAAACGCAAUCACGUGGGAGCCUUCCUGAUCCGCGACAGCGAGAGCACCCCGGGGGAAUUCUCCAUCUCCGUCAACUACGGGAAGCAUGUCCAGCACUUCAAGGUGCUCAGAGAGAGGAAUGGCAAGUAUUUCCUCUGGGAGGAAAAGUUCAAUUCCCUCAACGAGCUGGUGGAUUUCUACAGGAUGACCACGAUCGCCAAAGAGCAGCAGAUCUUCCUCCGGGACGAGGAGCAGAGCCAGGAGGUGGGCAGACCCCGAUUCGUGCAAGCCCAGUUCGACUUCCCAGCCCACGAGGGCUCCCAGCUGCCCUUCCUCCGCGGGGACAUCAUCGAGGUCCUGGACUGCCCUGACCCCAACUGGUGGCAGGGGAAGAUCUACGGCCGGGUCGGCUUCUUCCCUCGGAAUUACGUCCACCCCCUCCGCAAGUGACUCCCCCCC